AUGGCUCGUGAAAGCCGACCUACUGAAACAUUUGUGCUAGUACCCAUUGAGAUAGAUGAUUCAACAGGGUUAAAUGAGGUAAUGGUACAACAUGCACAUGAGAACACCAGCAAAGAAAAAGAGGUUGCGAAGGAGACUGGGGUGAACAUUCCAUUGAUUGAUGCCUUAAAGGAAAUGUCUGGUUAUGCAAAAAUGAUGAAGGACUUGAUGUAUCGUAAGUUAGACUUUCAAGACUUGGCCACGGUUACACUGGCUCAGACAUGUAGUGUUGUUGUGACGAGACUCACAACUGAGAAACUGUCUAAUCCGGGGAGUUUCACAAUCCCAUGCACAAUAGGCAACAAUGCAUAUGCCAAGGUACUUUGUGAUUUAGGGGCAAGCAUAAACUUGAUGCCCCUGGCUAUUUACAAAAGUUUAGGCAUUGGAAGAGCUAGACCCAUAUCCAUGUUACUACAACUGGAUAACCGGAUAGUGAAGAGGCAUUUUGGUAUCCUUGAUGAUGUAUUAGUACAGGUAGAACAACUUUUGCAGGAGGGUAUAGUCUCGGGGCACCUAGUGUCGAGUAAAGGCAUUAAGGUAGAUCGUGCAAAGGUUGAUGUGAUCGAAAAGCUUCCACCACCCACUUCUGUCAAAAUAAUAAGAAAUUACCCUUUUGUGUUUUUUGAUGACUGCAUGGUAGCUUUUGAGGAAUUAAAGAAGAGGCUAGUAACAACACCUAUCAUGGUUGCACCUGACUGGGAGCAACCAUUUGAGCUGAUGUAUGAUGCGAGCGACUAUGCUGUGGGAGCAGUUAUUGGGCAGCGAAAAGACAAAAUCAUGCAUCCAAUAUACUACGCAAGUAGAACUCUGAGUGAUGCCCAACUAAAUUACACAGUGACCGAGAAGGAGAUUCUAGCAGUGGUGUUCGCAUUUGGACAAUUCAGGCCAUACCUGAUAGGCUCAAAGAUAAUUGUUUAUAUUGACCAUGCUGCUCUCAUGUACUUAAUGGAGAAAAAAGAGUCAAAGUCGCGCCUGAUUCGAUGGGUGCUACUGCUGCAAGAAUUCGACUUGGAAAUUCGUGAGCAAAAGAGAACGGAGAACCAAGUGGCGGAUCUAGGCUGGAGGGAGCCGAGAAAAAGGUUGAGGUGGAAGAGAUUGUGGAGACUUUCCUGGAUGAACAACUAUUAG